CGCCGUCCGAAACAAAAGCAUCAGCGCAGCCGCUGAUGCGUGAAAUGCUAUAAAACUGCAUAACUCCAUCAUUGGACACAUCACUCGCCACCAUGCAGCACAAGCUCCUCUGCCUUGUUGUCGUCGUCGCCCUGGUCUUCGUACACGUUGAAGCUGGUAAACAAGCACACAGUCGACAAGAAUGUAUCCCAUAUGUCUCUACAUAUAGCGAUUGCAGUGAAUACACUACAUGCCGUGGUUGCAAUCAAUGCCGCUGCAGUUCAGAGGGCGAGUGGGUCUGUUACAAGAUGAGAAAUACCUGCGCUGAUGAAAACGAGUUCGAACUUUAUGAGGAUGGUACUGAGGAUAAUGUUGUUGGGACUAUUUUACAAGAAUUGGCGGAACAAGAGACAAACAAGAGAUCAAAGAAACGCCCGACACAUCUUGCACCUCUACCAGAAAAGAGGCAGAGACCGACCGUACCACCAGUUUUAGACUUUGACGCCGACUACGCAAUGAAGGAGCUACACGAGAUCAUGAGGGGGAAACGCUCGUUGAAAGAACUUAAUGCAACAGACAGACCUAUUCAGUUUUAUCACACAAUAGACGAAAUAAAUGAAGAUACAUUGAAGAACUCUAACAUAUCUGGAACCCUUGGAGUAAGAAAAGUCGACCCUGCCGUGAAGACUAGUCGAAGAUCCGGUGUGUUUGAUAAUUCAACCAGUGAUCCCCUUCACAUAGAGUAUAACCAUCCAACAAUAUACAAUAAUCACAUUACAGAUAACAAAAUUGAGACAUCUCAUAAUCCUGACCAAGACGAUGCUCUGGCCAACGGGAAAAUGCACAAUAUUGUGAAUUACACCCAAAACGUAAAAGAUAAAGAACUAUCUAAACUUGUAGUAAAUGAAUUGAAGAAAGGAGAAGAAACUAUAGGUGACCCAAAUGCACCGGUAGCGUCUAAUAUUACGUUCACCCCUGAAAAAGAUACCCUAACUGCAAUGGCGUACAUUGCCGGUAACCUAUUGAAUAAGCUUUGGCAUUUGGAGAGAGACGCAACUGAUGACUCAAUAGAAACAGAUAAUAUGAAAAAUCAGAAAAUUGCUGAUUUGCUUGAUUUAUUUAAAGAACCUUUGACUUAUAGACAAGAAGUAUUCUUAAAAGAUGCUUUGGAACAUUUGUCAGAAGCAGUGAAUAAGGAUAAAGAUAAUAAACAUUUUUCACUGUGUGAAACCGUGGAUAAAAUGAGAAAAGAUUUUGUAGGCGAUGACAAAAUACAAGAAGAAGAAAAGGAAGAAAAAAAGCCGAACAAGAAUAUUAAACAGUCAAGUGUGGAUAAUGCUUUGUCUAAAUUAACUAAAGUUCUUGGUUUGUUAGAAAAAUAUGAAAUCGUACAAACAAAUCUUCAAAGCGUAAAACAUCCAAAAGAUAUACCGCCUCUCUCUACUGAAACACCUAAUUUACGUACAGAUAAAAAAGAUAGUUCACUUAACCUGUUUGGCAAUAUUUUGGAAAAAAUAACCAAUUUACUUAUGCCAAACAAUAAAAGGAUGAAAAAUAGAAUAAGAAAUCAAAAUAUGUUAAGCAACGUUCAUAAUUUGGAAGAAGAUAUUAAGAAAACAUUUAAUAUCAAUUUAGAUGGAAUGAAACUUACAUCUGCAGAUAAACUAAUUUUGGACUAUAUAAAUAGACUACAGUCGAACCCAUGUCCAUUGUCAAAUCAGCAAGAAGAUAAGUCAAUUCGGAAUAAACAUAGCGACAUAUUACUUAAUUUGUCUGAAUUUUUCAAAAUAAAAUCUUACUCCGACCUUAUGAAUAUUGUUGACCCGAAACUACAAAAAACUUCAACUCAACCAACACCAACGAUGGUUAAAUAUCAGGAGAGUCGAAGAACGUCAGACAAUAAUACAAGUAUUGAUAUCGAAAACAAUAAUACGUUAAGUAUAAAUGAUAAACUCAAACUUCACUUAAAGGCCAUAGUCAAUGACCUAAUUGAAUUACAAAAUGUAAAAGGAAAAGAUACUAAAUUGGGAGAUUUCAAUAUCACGGAUGUGUUGCCUUGUAUUAUUAAAAUUAUUAAUCAAGAAAAGGAUCAACCAAAAGGAACUAAGUAUUAUACACAGAGUGCAUUGUUAAAUAAAAUUAAAAGUGUUUUGGAAGCAAUUAAAAAAGACAUUAGAGAAAUGCCUCAAAGUCGCAGAAGUAUGAAUACAGGUCCAAGGCCUAAAUCAGUCGUAGUCUGGGAACGUAUAGUUAAAAAUUUAGACCAAAAUCCUCAAUCAGGUAGAAGAUUCUUAAAAAUUGUCAAACCUCAAUCGUAUGAAGUAGUGAAGAAAAUGAUAGAUAAUAUGGAAUCAAAUAACUCUAACACGUACAAAUCCGUAGCGCUAAAUAAAGAUAUACCAGCUGCUGAUAAGCAAACGUUUUUAAACACUUUAUUAAUGGAGACUAUUAAUUAUGCAAGCAUAAUUGGAAAGUUGCUUGUAUUAAAUCGUGAGAACAAGCUACCGGAGAAAGACACAGACGACCUUCUUGAAUUUGUUGAUACUGCAACCACGAAUUUUGAUUUAAACACAAAAGUCGUAAGGGAUCUCGAUAAGCCCAAACAAAAUAGACUCAAUGUUCAGCCUAACAACAACCAAGCUAUCAAAACAAACAAUAAAAUGUCUGACAUCAAUGAUAGCUAUAAAUUAAACAGCGAACUUACAAUGAAUCAACUCAUUAAGACUAGAGUAACGCAAUAUCUGAAAAUGAAGGAAUCUGAAAAGGCAACUGAAGAUAUGGGUUAUGAUAUAGCUCAAAGGAUCCUAUCAAAUUUAGAAAGGGGAAGUGAGAGAUUAGCUCGGGAACUUUACAAAAUUUUAAUUGAAACCAGUCAACGAGAAAAGAGUGCAACAGCAUCGAAACCAGUCAUGAGAAGUCGCAUAUCAGUUAACAAACGCAAAAGUGUAGAAGAUCCAUCGAAUAAGCAAUGGGCCUCAGAAGACCUGUUUCUCAAAACUCUGGAAUCCGCUUGGGCAAAUGUACAAACCGCUUAACAUAUUUUGAAAUAAAUGAAUGUAUUGUAGAAAAGGAACACGUUUUAGUUAAGUUAAUUUAUAUUUUUGUACAUUUUUAGAUGAAAUUGACGAAAUAAAAAACAUAC